AUGCACCAGAUUUACAGCUGCAGCGAUGAAAAUUUAGAAGUUUUCACCACUGUGAUUUCUUCCAAAUCAUGUAGUCCUGCCCGAAGACGAGCCAAAGCUACGCAGCACAUCCUAACAAAGAGUGUGGUUGCCAUAUCAGACCGCCGGCCCCACCAGGGUGACCUCCUGCACGUGCUGUACGAGGCCAGGGGCGAGGAGGAGGCACGAGGAGUGGGCUGCCUGCAGGGCAGCCAGCGCGGAGCCUGCCCCGCCAAGGGCGCUGCCCAGCAUGCAGGAAUUACUGAACAAGAGUCAUCCAAGUCCCAUAAUCAUCUGUUGGAUGGAAAAUCUUUGAUUCCUCCAUCUCCAGUUGCCCAUAUCACAGUGAAAGCUGUGGCUGUCACGGGCUCGCCCACACACAACCGCACUUCUACGGAAGACCACAGGCAGCGCUGGAGGAAGACAACAGAGUAUGACCUGGCCCUGCCACCAGCAGCAGAAGCUUCCCUACCACUGACAGGAGGCAACCUGUGUGGGACACCCAGCCUCCUGAGGAAGAUGUGGAUGAAGCACAAGAAGAAGUCAGAGUACCUAGGGGCAACAAACAGUGCCUUUGAGGCGGACUGA